UUUCCCUUUACCACAUGCUCAUGAACUGUGAGUCAACUUCAGGCAGCACUAUUAAUGUGAGGAAGACCUGACAAGCUUUCAGACAAAGGACAGAGAGCCGUCCGGUAGAAGACUCUGAAUUUCCACAGUGUUGGCAGAGGCAGAUAUUCUGAUCUCAUCAUGUUCAAGGGACUUAUCUUCCUCUUUCUCUUCUCUCACGAUGCUCUGGCAGUGACGGUAAGUUUGUGGUCGCCUCUCUGUCCCACAGUUGCAGCUCGUCACUGGGAUAGACUGUGCGGGGGUAAUCCAACAAACCAAGUGAGGGGGACAGAUAUCUAUGGCAGUGGAGCAUAUGGAGCACCCAGAGACAAUGACAGGCACUUGGGAGUUGAUGUGAUCUGCAAAGAGGGAUCAGUGAUCUAUGCCCCAUUCAGUGGAAGGCUGAUAAGACGGGCCAAUCCUUAUAACAAUGGUAACGCGAUUGACAACGGAGUUAUGAUGCGGGGACCAGGUUCAUGUGUGAAGAUGUACAAUUUCCAGCCUGAUCGCUAUACUGGACGGAUCUCAAAGGGCCGAAGGUUGGGAACCCUGCUGAACGUUCAAGCUGUUUUCCCGGAAAUCACCUCCCAUGUGCACAUCGAGAUGUGUGACACCUCCAUCGACCCCACCCCUAACCUGUAGCUUGGGUGGAAAGAACGCCUGGAGACUUGUGUAAUUCUGAUAUAAUUCCGACGAGACGUUGAAGCAUGAACAACCAGUGGAAAGAGGAUAUGGACUUUGUUUUGCGGAGUUGGGUUGGCUGGGGUGGGGAGCAGUGGUGGGAGGGACUGAAUCCGGUGGAUAUUUCUAGAACGCAGCACCUGGAGGUUGAGGUAAUCAUUGGGAUCAAUGCCCCGCUCCCUUUCGAUCCUGAAUCUCACAUCUCCCCCCGACCUCCCUCCCCCCACCACUGAAAAGGGGCAAAAAAAGAAAAGGUGGUGGGAGCAAAAAUGGGUUGUGGCAGUUGUGGGCUCAGUGACCCACACCUCGCCAUCACUCAGUGGCAGAACGGGUGCACCCUUUCAUGUCGGACCAUGUCCUCAUGGACCUCUUCCAGUCUCCUCUCAUUUUAGCUCAGUUUCUGGAGAAGAUGGGGUCUUUACAAGCCCAAAGUUCACCACCAGAAGGUGUCAACCAUUUUGUGAAUGUCUCUCAUUCCGCUUCCCCAAUCCCCUCACCAUAAUCCUGUUCACCUCCUGUUCACCCCCAGUAGCCCUUCCAUUACACUCUUCCCUUCCCCACUCACUGUCAGGGAUGGGCACGCUCCAUUUUACCUUGAACUCCAACUCCCAUUAUUCACUCCCUCUGUCCUACCCCCUCCACUAUCUACUGCCCUUAUCCUUCUAGAUGGUAGAGGUUGUGGAUUUCUGUGUCUAAGGGGCCUUGGUGAGUGUAUCUUGUAGAUAGUACACACUGCUGCGACUAAGCACUUGUGAUAGAGGAAGUGGAUGCCUGGAGGCACACAGAUCUGCCACACUGGAAAAGACCCAUCGGCCCAUUGAACCUAGGCAUGGACCCAGCUAUUUAUAUAAAACAAAUCCUGUUUCCCAGCACUUGGCUCCACAGCAUCAUAUGACUUGGCAUUGCAAGUGUGCACAUCCAGCCACUUCUCAAAACGUAGUGAGAGUUUCUGGAUUGCUUAUGGAUGUGGAGCCAAUAAACGGGCUGCUUUCUUCCUGGAUCGUAUCGAGCUUCUUGAGUGUUACUGGUGCUGCACCCAUCCAGGCAAGUGAGGAGUGUUCCCUCACAGUCCUGACUUGUGCUAUGACGAUAGUAGACAGGCUUUGGAGGACCAGGAGAUAAGUUAUUAAUUGCAUUCCUGAUUCUGACCCAUUCUUGUUGCCACUGUAUUCAUAUGGAAUAUCUGAAUUUGUUCUGGUCACCAUUAAACCAUAGUAGGUGAUAUAAUGAUGGUAAUGCUCUUGAGCAUAACAGGAGAUGGUUCGUUUCUGUCUUGUUGGGACCUGGCUAUGGUAAUGGCAUAAAUAUCACUAGGCAUGUAUCAACCCCAGACCUGAAGUUGUGUAUUAAAGUUCGGGUAACGAAGAAUUCAGUCUCAUCCAAAACUGGUUUUGAUUUAGUUAGGCGAAACAGAUAUUGAUUCACAGGGAAGCGAGUCUUUUCAGACUGGAUCUAGAAUGAAUGGACCCAGAGGCACACAGGUGGGAGAGUAUAAUGAGAGUCACAGGGGGUGAGAGGACAGGUCCCAGUUACACCCCAUUCCCAUGGGAAAAAACCUCGAAUGAUCCAUGAGCACCAAUGAAAACCAGCUCAGUCCGUUCUUAACCACAGAUUGAUGUUUCUCUUUUGUACAUCGAAUGACAA